AUGACGUGGUUACAGGACUACGACUGGGAUGCCAUGAGCCCAGCUGACAGGCAGCUGGUGGAUGACACUCGCCGGAAGAACCGAAGCCAUGUGGGCACGCGCCCCGAUAUAUUGCGGGAGUAUGCCACGCACCGUAAUUUCAUUGAGAACGCAAAGUACGUUCUUAAUAAUAUUAAGGAUGCGCAGGAGGCCGGCAUUCAGCAGAUUGCUGUACACACAGUGUGCGUGGCCAACAGACACAGAUCUGUUGCGGGUUGCGUCUUGAUCUUUGAUUUGGUUCGCCGCAUCGAGGACGCCUCUGUUAGCCUCACUCAUAUGAAUGCAGCGCACUCGUGGCCCUAUAUGGGCAGGCAGUCGUGCAAGGGCCAGUGUAUGUACUGCCGGCGCGGGACCACUGACAUAGUCAAUGAGGUGGCGCGCCUUUGCGACAUGUUUGUCGAUGCCGUCUAUACAGACGGGCCCAUCCGCGAGAACGCCACAUUGGUGGUAGAGCCAGAUUCAGCCCGCCCAAGAAGGGCGAGGACAUAUGCCGAGCUCUUCAAUGAGCAGCAGGUCGCGCUCGGCAACGUUGAGGCCCCUAUAACAGGAGUCGGACUUCUUGACCAGCCUCCAAGGCCUGGAGAGACAGCUACGCAGGCUGCGACCCGCAUGGGCUUGGCUGGUAAGACCCACACAUCGUAUGUGGCGAAGUUCAACCCUGACAGUUUGACCGGUGCUAUGAAUCGCACCGUGAACGCGCCGAAAGGGGCGCCGGUGCCCUCAGUUACCUUCACCACAGGCAUGGGUCCAGGUUCUGAGGCUAAGUCGAGCGGCAGCAAAGCACCGCCAGCCACGUCGCCGAAGGUUGAGGCAAAGGCCCGUCCGCUCAUAGCAGCGAGUGACCCUGCCAAGGCCAAGGCACCGUCGGUUUCUUCCGCCACAGUGCGUGCCCUGGCAGCGCAGAUCAAAGAUCUGCAGGAUGCCAACCAUAUGUUGGAGAGCGCCGCCGAUGACCUUCGCAACGCUCUACAUGAUGUUCGCAGGGAGAUGAGGCGUGGGAAGAUCUCGACGAAACACGUCGAAGGGCCGAUCGUGCAGAAGAUCGCCUUGCUCGGAGUGCCACGCGAUCACACACGUGAUCGAGAUCGCCGGGCACUCAGCAACCCGAGAGAGCGCAGCGAGCCGCCGCAGGCAGUGCAUCCAGACCAUCCGCCGCCGGGCCACAGAGCCGCAGGGAACCCUGCCAUGGAUGGAGGAGGCAAGGCGGGGGGCAAAGGCACCCGGAGGUUGACUCCCUAUGAUGAGGUCGACGAUGAUGAGUGGGAGAACCCCGGCCCACCGGGUCCUUUAAGGACACCGCCAGCAUCGCCGGAGCCACCGCGCUUCCGAGAGCCUUAUGAUCGGUAUCCAAACCGGAACGACCCGCGUCGCACCCUCACAAGACAUGAGUAUUUUCAUGACGAGCGCGACAUGUGGACGGAUCACGACUGGGCUCGUUUCCACGUGGAAAAUCCACGUAAGCCGAAGGCAGUGAAUGCGAUAGGCCACUUGUUUACCUGCCACGAGGAUCCCUCCGUGGACUCGGCGUGGCGGUACGAGGGUACGUGUUGCCCAUGCGGCGCACUCCCCAAUUCAGUGCCACCGGAACACGGCGAGGAAGCGGAACAGCAGUGCCCCGGAACACCGCCUUCCGCGGAGGGAGCCCACGUCAUCUUGUGGUUGUUUCCUCUAGUAUUUGCCGCCAGUACCGAGCCAAAAGGGCUCGAGCAUCACGAAGAUGUAGACAUGGAAGACGUGCAGGAAGAGGAGGACGACGACGACCAGGCCAUAGUGCCUGUGGAGGCUGACCCAGAUGCAGCUAUGGCGCCAGCCACCCCGAGCACAGUCUCGGCGACUGAUCCAGCUCCGGUCCCGGCAAAUGCCGCAGAGGAGCCUGCAGUAGCCGCAGCUGCCGACCUGGGCACAGCCCCAGAGCUCGCUGUCUCACCCAAGGAGGAGAGCGCUGAGAACGAU